AUGCUGGCUAUAAACGGCACUCUGUCAACAAAUUCGACCAGGCAAGUCCUCGGUAAGUUCCCUGCCCCCCAGAUUUAUUGGUUUCGACAAACUAAUCCUAGUAGACACAAUAAUGGCAAAUCGGAUUCUUCUCCUACCAAAGAAAUGCAAACCAGCACCGUUCUGACCGGCCAGUAUGUUGCUCAUCAACAGGCGCCUCAACAGGACUUUUCGUACUUGAUCUCCAUGCAAAAUAAAACUCUCUUUGCCGUUCCUUUGACUAAGGAGACGUUCUCGGAGGCGUACAGCAAGGGCAAGUGGAACCUCUCUGCGGUUCCAUGUCCUUCGUGCUACGCAAACACUACCUUGUUGAGACCUCCUGAGGCGUACAACGAGGGUAGAAGACUGAAAGCUGUUGAUCUGUACUCGAAUCUUCCCCACUGGAACAACACUCAAAGAUUCAAUGCGCUUCUUUCCAAGACAAUGAAGAUGUUCGAAUGUAACGGUGCCUCGAUCAGUUUGAUCGACACGCGGUACCAAAUCGUCAAGUUCCACCAUAACCUCGGGUUCAAAGAGUGCGCCAGGACGAUUUCCAUUGACGCUCACGCGAUCUUGUCUGCGGGGUUCUUUGCUCUUGCCGAUGCGUCGCAAGAUUGGAGAUUCGCAAGCAGUCCGUUGGUCAAAGGACCGCCCGGGGUCAGAUAUUACGUUGGAGUUCCGCUUUGUACCAACUCCAAAGACGUGAUUGGUGUGUUUUCGAUAUUUGAUGCUUUCCCAAGAUCCAGGAUCGAGGAGAACACUGUGGCGGUGAUGCAGCAAAUAGCUGGCGAGAUCAUGGAGUAUCUGGACGACAGUCAGGUUGGGGCCGUGAACACGGGCGCUCCAGGACAGCUGUCACCACCGUCGCCAACUUCCACAGAAGACUCUAAGACCAUGCUCAAGAAGUACGGCAGAGCCACCAGCAGUGACAUGCUUGGGUCGAUCUUCGAAAGAGAUGGGUCUGGCAGUCGGUACCAGCAACACAGUCAUCUAAGAUUCAGCAGAUACAGCACUCCUUUGGGAGACAUGAUCGAUUUGAACGUCUGGCGUAGUCUUGUGGGAUGUUUGAGUGCGAUCAGUGCUUCCAAGAUGUUGUCCAAGAUGUUAAUGGAUCGACUUGGGUUCAGUUGUGUUUAUGUGAUGAACAUCAGAAUCACCGAGCUGUUCAAGAUCAAUGCGGACCUUUUCCCAAAAGAAAACGAAAUUGAGAGCGAAUCGUACAAGUUUAAAAACAUGUUACAAGGAGUCAGCGACGAGAACAUCAACAUGAAGCUAUUGGGAGGCGACGGACUGCCUGAGAACCUGAACCUUGCCAGCUUCCAGCCAAACUUCCACUACAAGGCGUUCAAAUCAGACUUUGGGCUUCUCUACGACUCGAGAGACCCUAAGGCCAAGUACCAUUCUGGAGUGUGCAUGCCAUUCUUCCGCAGAACCGCCAAACUGGUGAGAAGACGCAAGAUGAGCAAGAGCCACCGGGUGUCUGCGAAGACACGUGACGAGCUCCUGGAGCUGUACCACAAGUCUGGAGGGUGUCUGAUUGCCUGUUUCGGGCUUGACAAUAGAGAACUCACUGAUAGAGAGAUUGGCUACAUCUACAGCUGUGCGUCGAUUCUGCGCAGACUUUAUUUUAUGAACUAG